UCAGCAGAACCUGGACUGGCAGCAAGACCUUGCUGACGCUCUGGCUGGAGAGGAGGAGACAUCAAGGCCAAUGUCUGUUGAGCUGCUUUCUGAACAUCGACUUCGUUCUGCUUUUGUUUCAGCUAUAGCUGGGUGAGAUCAAUUACGGCAGGUGACAAACACAAGGAGGCAGAAACACGGAGGCAGAGAGGAAAGAAAAGAGGAUAGCACCCUUUGGCAGUGACAGCAUUUCCAGCCCUGCAGUCCGCAGCAGGGACCUGCAGCAAUGGAGUUAUGCGGCACGGGGAUGAGCACCAUGCUUGCCACCUUCUUGGUUCUGCAUCUGGGUCUGAUCCCCAUUGUGACUCAGCAGAACAACGUACAGGUUGGGGUUGCAGGACAGGCGGUGAUCCUGAACUGCCCAGGCAUGCCUCAUGGCACAGGUGUGACCUGGAAGUACUAUAAGGUUGUUAUAAGGUCAUUUACAGACCAACGCUUGAAAGGCAAAGCUGCCAUGGCCGAUCGAUCUGAAUACAACCCCACGAGUAAAGGCCUGAAGGUGUGGGACUUAAAGCUCUCUGAUGCUGGCAACUACACCUGUGAAUUCGACCUUCACACAGUCAGAAUCUCACUGCAUGUCUUCGAAUUGACGAUCUCUUCAGACGGGCACUUCCUGCCAAAUGAAGUCCCCAAACUGACUUUAACGCAAAAUUCACCGCUUUCUCCACCCAAACUCAGCAUCACAUUGUUUAACAGUAACAACAACAUAGUAAGACCAGAACUCUUAGAAAAGAAGAACCCUCAAACAUACGUACUGAAUUUAAAGCAACUGGAGACUACAGACAACGGGACCUGGAUGUGUCAUGUCCAUUCAGACCCGUGGAUUAACCAGAGCAUCUCCUUUGAUGUGAAGGUAUUAGGUUUUCAGAGUCCAGAUUUGGAAAGAAAGUAUGCAACUGUUGGUAGCACGGUCAUCUUGUCAUGGCACCUGAACUUCCAAAAGAUAAAAUGGAAAGAAGGUUUCACAGGACAACUGAAUUGGAAACAACAGGAAAGUGCAACCCCUCAUGAGCUACUUGAUUUCAAUGUCACAGCACGAGGAGAGAAGCAUGAGACCAAAAAAAGCAGCCACUUUUGGUUUGAGAUACCUGAAAGCAAACCUAAAAGUGCCAUAGAAGUGAAACUCCCCAAAGUCCAUUUCAACCACUCUGGGCAGUACCAGUGCCAGCUGGCAUACAACAGAAGAUCUGUGCAGAGCAAGAUAGAGCUGGUGGUGAUGAAAGUCUCAGCUAACCCUGCUGGGCCACUCCCCAGAGGGGCCAAGAUGACCCUGAUCUGCCAAGUCUCUCGUCCCCUCCCAUCCAAUGCCCACUUGCUCUGGGAACGUGUGAAUGGGACUGAGGGGGACACCAAGAAGUCAAAGCAGCACGAAGUAAAGGUGGAGGUGAACGUCAGCACUGCAGGGCUGUGGAACUGUCACCUUGUAGAAGAUGGUGACAGGAAGAUCAGCCUUAAUUACCCCGUGGAGGAAGCUCCUGUUUGGAUUAGCUAUGUGGUAAUUGGAGCAAGUACUGGAGGCAGCAUAUUGGUGUUCAGCCUUGCGGGCCUGUGCAUCAUCAGCGGUAUAAGGUGGUGGCGGAGAAGGCAACGGGCAAGAAGGAUGGCACGAGCAAGACAAUACUUGCUGGAAAACAAGACGUGUCAGUGUCAACACCGGCUGAAUAAGUAGUAUUGUAGCACUGGAGUCGGAAGGACCGAUGAAGUCUCUGCCUGUACCUGCCAGCCCACAGUGCUCUGUGAAUCCA